UGUUUUAGUUGAUGUGCGGUCGUUAUGGUGUAUUUCGGUGAUGCGCUGAAGAAAUUCCCACUUCUUCUUACCUGCAUCAUAGUGUUUUCUGCGGUCUCUGUUGCUCAGCAAGCUGUUCUUGCGAUUGUCGACCCACCGAUUGCUGCUGAUCUGCUUGUUCGAGGUUCAUAUCUUGGCGAACAAAAUACUGACUAUGAUUACGAGGAGCAUCACAACGGCACUCGACACGAAACUCGCCGUGAUUCAGAAAUGGAUGGCGGCGACAGCGUUAUUAGCGAAGAGAUGGAAUCAAUUUCGGAUGAACAGUUUAGCAAUAAGUCGCAAAAAGAUGCUAGGAAUACCGAUCGUGGAUUAUUUGCUGGUGAAGACCGAGAUAAACUUAAGCAGGUAAAACCCGAUCAGCAGCGAUUGGCUCCGGUUGUUGUCAUAAACAGCGCUUUCAAUAAUCGGAAAACAUUCGCAUGUCCUAAAAUCAAAAGCGAUCUUAAAACGGGCACAUCUAUCGGUGAUCUCAGUCCGGAGGACAUAGCCAUCAUAGCUUCUAUGGGAGAUGCCUUAGCGACGGGAAUGGGUUUGUGGCCAAAAACAACAAUAGAAUUUCGAGGUGCCGCAUUUCCAAGUGGUGGCGAUGCUACCAUAGAUGGUCUGGUUACUAUACCAAACAUUCUUCGUGAGUUCAACAACCAUUUGAUUGGAGUCUCUCAUGGUAUGGGCACCAGGGAUCAACUUCCAGAAACCCAGCUUAGCGUUGCAGAGAGUGGUGCAACUACAGACAAAAUGCCAGAACAGGCGAAGGAACUCGUUCGUCGUCUCAGAAAUCUGGUGGAAGUUGACUACACCCAGCAUUGGGUCAUGGUUAUCGUCACUAUUGGGACAGAAGAGGUAUGCUCUAGAUGCACCCCACCAAAUAUCGAUGCACUUGUGGAGGCCAUAGAUAUCCUCCAAGCUCAUCUUCCUCGUGCAUUCAUAGUGCUCCUAGGACCAAUACAUGUGUCUUUCCCUACUAAACUUCAAGGAAAUCUGUUGAAAUCUCGAUGCGAGUGUUUACGGGAUGCCACGAAUGCGUUCAUGGAGCAACUGAAUGCAGAUUGGAAGAGAGCUUUCGAAGAGCUACAAGAGCAUGUCGAUAAAAGCCCAUUCAGACCUUCGACGUUCGGCAUUCUGGCAAUACCCGAAUUGACUAUCACUUCGCGAUAUCCACACGGACUUUUUAUUGCUGGCAAACCGUUGCUGAACAGAAGAGGACACAAUUAUGCUACCAAAUGGCUAUGGAAUCGCUUGAUAGCAGGAAAGAAUUAUAAUCUAUCUUCUGCGAUUCUUUCGCAGGAUGCCUAUUUUUGCCCUUCUAUUGGAUGCCCUUAUUUCCGCAACACUGCAAAUGCUCACGGAUGUCAAUUGCUUAGUCUAAAUGAAGCAAAGGAGAAGGAGCUUCUUCUCGGAAGUGAUGGAAAAGUUCUCAAAAAACGUCGACGUACUCCGGAACGCUUGUAUACUAUAGCCAUCUGCAUUGUGGGUAUAGCGUUUUUUGUCGUUUGCACCUUAGGAACCAUAUUUUAUCAGAGAAGCAAACAGGGUAGUCAUGGUCGUUUUGAGAUUCCGAGCGAAGCAGAGAAAAAGUUCGAGCAGGCUCAAAAGGAAGAAGAAAAGGCGACUUCAAAGGAGCACCAGACGUCUAACAGGGGAGGAGGAUUGAGAAGAUUAGUCCAGUCAAGAUUUCAAAACACUCUCGAUUGUUCGGUCGUUUCUAGACGGCUUAAUUUUAUCUUGACCAAGCUAUGCUUGUUGUAUCUAAAUUAA